AUGGUUGCCCAGUCGUAUCUCCACUUCCUCCUGGCCGCCGCUGCAGUCGUGCACGCUGCACCUCUCAACAUCAACCUCGGAGCCUACUCCCCAGCUCUGGUGGUCGGUGAUGGUGAGAUCGGAUUCGAAGGCGGCCAGAGCGUCGAGAGCAUCGUGAACGCCCUGCAGGGAGCCGCCGUCAACGGCGCGGCGGGCGCGGCCAAUGCAAACGGUGCCGCUGGGGCGGCUGGCAAUGCCGAAGCCCCCGGUGUCGUCCAAGCUGCUGCUGCUCCUGCUCCUGAGCCGCCCAUCUUGACCGAAGCGGCCACGCUGCCCGUCCCCGGCACCACCAAGGAGCUCGACCCACGCGUCGGCGAAGACGCCGGCAAGGCCAAGCGCGACCUGAGCGGGUUCAACAGGGCCCUGACCUACGCCGAGGCCGCGCUGGAGAAGGGCCCCAAGGUCCAGCUAGGCACCGGCGCCAAGGGCUCGGGCGUCGGCAUCAUUGUCGACAACAACAAGGAGGCUGCCGUCCGGCCUGUGACUGGCGCCGCGGAAUGA